UCCGACCCAGUGCGGCCGCACUUGGCUCUUCCUUCUGCACUGAUUUCGAGGUAAAGAACACACCGGAUCUGAAACAAGAUGGGAAAUGGUUUAGUGAAACCCAAGCAGCUUAAGGAGCAGGAAAACAACAUCCUUUCGAGCAACGCAAUGCUUCGGGGAGACUCUGGGACGGGUGCAAAUCUAAAAGCCGCAGGAGAAAUUCUCCAGGACAGAUUAUUGGAACUGGAACUGGAGAACAAAAACAAAGAUGACCAGCUGCACAGGCAGGAGAGCAAGAUACAAGAACUGCAAGAGCAGCUCAUUAGGCAGACCCACACCAUCGCUGAAAUCACAGAAGAGUUACAAGCCAAAUGCAUCCACAUGAACAAACUGCAGGAUGUCGUUAAAACUCAGUGUGGAGUCCUUUUUCAGUCAUCACCAUCACCACUUAGAUCAGUGAAUAGAAUUAUGAAUCAGUGCACCAGCGUGCUAAAGGACAUUGCCAACCAAAGGAGAGGAGCUAAGGAGGGAGUGUCAGCAGAACCUACCACCAGGACCUAUGACUCCAGUAAACUGCCUAUGUUCUCGUUGGAAGGAGCCAGGAUUCAAAAAGAUUCAGGGGUGAAGAAGCUCAUAACUGUGGCCUUCAACAAGAACCAGUUUCUGAAACGACUGGAGACUCAGCAUGUCCGAGACAUGGUGGAGUGUAUGUAUGAGAAAAACUACCAAGAUGGUGACUAUGUUAUUAAGCAAGGCGAACCAGGAAACCAUCUUUUUGUAUUGGCAGAGGGGAAUCUUGAGGUCUUACAAAAUAACAAAAUUCUAACAUCGAUCAACAUAUGGACCGCAUUUGGCGAACUUGCGAUUUUAUAUAAUUGCACAAGGACAGCAUCGGUGAAAGCUGCAACCUGUGUCAAAACCUGGGUUCUGGAUCGAGAAGCCUUUCGGAAUAUUAUGAGAGGAACAGCUCAGGCCAGACAUGAGCAGUACAGAUACUUCCUCAGAAGUGUUUCUUUGCUUAAGAACUUACCAGAAGAUAAGCUUGUGAAGAUAGUAGACUGUUUGGAGGUGGAAUACUAUGAUAAAGGGGAUUAUAUCAUCCGGCAAGGUGAGGAAGGAAGUACCUUUUUCAUUUUGGCAAAGGGAAAGGUUAAAGUCACUCAGAGCACUGAGCUCCAUCUGGAACCAAAAACGAUCAAAGUCCUGCAGAGAGGAGAACACUUUGGGGAAAAAGCUCUGGUCAGUGAUGAUGUCAGGUCAGCUAACAUAAUUGCUGAUGAAAAUGGCGUGGAAUGUCUUGUCAUAGACAGAGAAACAUUCAAUCAAACAGUUGGAACAUAUGAUGAACUCCAAAACUACCUGCAGGGCUAUGUGGCAGAGUUGGCGAAAGAUGAUGAGAAGAGACAAGCCAAAACAUUCACAUGUGUACAAGAGGAAGAGAUCUCUUUAGAAAUGAUUGAGUUGAUGGAGAAGGUAGCCAAGUUUUCUCCAACAUCUCUAUUCAUGAACCUUGAAAUCAUCGCCACCUUGGGGGUAGGUGGAUUUGGGAGAGUUGAGUUGGUUAAAAUGAAGAAUGAAAAUGUGACAUUCGCUGUGAAGUGCAUAAAGAAAAAACACAUUGUCGACACAAGGCAACAAGAACACAUCCACUCAGAGAAGAAGAUUCUUGAAGAGGCUCGCUCUCCAUUUAUUGUAACACUGUUUCGCAGUUUUAAAGAUAACAAAUACGUUUACAUGCUGUUGGAGGCUUGUCUUGGAGGAGAGAUCUGGAGCAUUCUACGGGAUAGAGGCUGCUUUGAUGAGUCCACCUCAAAAUUUUGUAUUUCUUGCGUGACGGAAGCUUUUGAUUAUCUUCACCAUAUUGGAGUCAUCUACAGAGACCUGAAACCUGAGAACCUGAUGCUUGAUACUAACGGAUACAUAAAGUUGGUUGACUUUGGAUUUGCUAAGAAGAUCGGCAGGGGUCAGAAAACAUGGACAUUUUGUGGAACACCUGAAUAUGUAGCACCUGAGAUAAUUCUGAACAAAGGCCAUGAUUUUGGUGUAGACUUCUGGUCAUUGGGAAUCCUUGUAUUUGAGCUUUUGACUGGCAGCCCACCAUUUUGUGGAUAUGAUCAGAUGUUAACCUACAACAUGAUUCUCAAAGGUGUAGAAAAAAUGGAUUUUCCCAAGAAGAUAACAAAACGACCAGAAGACAUGAUUCGUAGGCUGUGCAAACAAAAUCCAAAUGAACGUCUGGGAAAUCUGAAAAAUGGAAUAAAUGACAUUAAGAAGCACAGAUGGUUCAGUGGUUUUAACUGGGAAGGAUUAAAAACCAGGACUUUAUCAUCACCAUUAAAAAGAGAGCUUAAAGGUCCAACAGAUUAUAGAUACUUUGAUUCCUAUCCUCCAGAUAAGGAUAUUCCCCCAGAUGAGCUCUCAGGCUGGGACAAGGAUUUCUAGAUCAAUGCCAAAUCUUCAACAAGUUGUGAGAAAAAGGAUUU